GGCUAUUGAAUCAGCGGCAGUGUUGUGUACAUUGUUGUUGAUACCGGUGCGGGCUACAAGACAUGAAUUUGUGCCGUUAAUAUAUUGCGUGUUUAAAGGAGUUAUGUUUUCAAAUAGUUUGUGUUAUAUAGUCCGGUGUUGAAAAAGGGAACGCAACGGGAAGAAUUAGAAGCGUAGCACUUUUACUGUUGGGCCUCUGUCGGUGCCUACUGUGUCGGAACGCAUAGGGUGACUAAUGCAUGAUAGCUGAUGCAAUUUUCUCCACGCCCGUGCAUACAAUGUUGACUAUGGAAAGUAACAACGGUACCCAACCGAUGGAGGAUUUCGCACCUCGCAGCUACCAAACGCAGAUGAAGGAGAUAUGUUUGGCAAAAAAUACGAUCGUUUAUCUGCCGACCGGUGCCGGAAAAACGUACAUCGCGCUGAUGGUGAUGAAGGAGAUAAGCCACCAGGUGCGGAACACGAUCGAGCAAGGCGGGAAACGGACGUUUUUCCUCGCCAACACGGUGGCACUGGCAAAGCAGCAGUCACAAUUCUUCAUCCGCCAUAUGCCGUUCAACGUGAAGCUGUACACGAGCGAGGUGAAUGUGGACUCAUGGAAAAGUGACCGCUGGCACAAAGAGUUUACCGAUGGGCAGAUCAUCGUGUGCACCGCGCAAAUCUUGUUGGAUGUGCUUCGGCACGGGUACAUGCAACCGGCUAACAUCAACCUGAUCGUGUUCGAUGAAUGCCACCGUGCCGUAGGUCAACAUCCGAUGCAUGCGAUUAUGAAGGAAAUCAUUGCGGCCCCGUCCAACGUUCGACCCCGUGUGCUGUGCCUUUCGGGCACGUUGCUAUUUAAGGAGCUGAAGAUGCCGGAACUUGUACCGGGCGAGCUUGAACGUUUGGAAAACACCUUUAGCGCUACCAUAGCAACCGUGGCCAACUACGAGGAGUUUCAAACCGUGGCUAACUUUUCCACCAACCCACGAGAAGUGUUGAUUCCGUACCGUAAACCGGCCUUGCAUUUGAUGCCGGUAGCUGUCGACAUACUGGCCCGUAUGCAGAAGUUCCUGGAGCUGAUUGGAGAUGUAUAUCUGCCGGAGUAUUCUACCCAGUCGGCCCGAACGCUAGAAAAGUCCGCGCCGAAACCGGUCAAGGAGGUAAAAAAAGCACUGAACGAGUUUAAACAUCAGGUGGAGGAGCUCGGGCUGUAUCCGGCUUCGUUAGCCAUUCUGGCGAUAAUUGUGCAGCUGGAAGUGAGCAAACGGAAGGCGGCGUGUAACAAAGCUCGACAUGUGUAUCGUGCUGCGAUUUCAUUUUGCGACAUGGUGCGGCAUGACUUGGUGGAAGCAAUGAGUGGAUUUAGUACAAAAAAGCAGAUCCUAUCCUUUUCCAGCGAUCGCGUCAGCAAACUGAUUCAGUAUCUGGAAACGGCUUACAGCACACCGGAAGAUCAGAAAAAGCAGGCGAUUGUGUUUGUGACACGACGCUUUACUGCGAAAGUGUUGUACCAUUUGAUAAAGCUCUACUUUCGGUCGCUAUUACAAAGCGAGGAUCCGACGGAAGAAUCGCUAGUGAAGCCUGACUUUAUCGUUGGUGCUAAUGCACCAUUGGAUGAGUCGAUUGAUGCGAUAUUGGUUUCCAAAGCAGAUCGCCGGGUCAUCGAAAACUUCCGAAAGCACAAAAUUAAUGUACUGUGCGCGACCAACGUGCUGGAAGAGGGCAUAGAUCUUCAAAUGUGCAACAUGGUGAUCAUGUUCGACGAGCCGAAAUCGUAUGCAGCGUUCAUGCAAUCGAAGGGCAGGGCACGGAUGAAAACCAGCACCUACCUGCUGAUGACAGCAAUCGAGAACCAGACGGAGUUUUUGGGGCGCGUCAGAACGUACCGUGCUAUUGAAGCUCGGCUGAAGGAGGAAUUGAUCGGAAAAACCAUCAAUCGCCCCGAACCACUGACUGCCGACGUAGAAAAAGAGCUGCUGGAUGAUAUCAUACCGCCGUUUUACACACCGAUCGGUGCUAAGCUGGAUGUACUUUCCUCGAUUCAGCUACUGAACCGGUACUGCAUGAGUAUGCCGCGCGAUCUGUUCACGGACAGCAACGUCACCUGGCAGCGAACCGAUACGUCGGAUGGUAAGGUGAUGGUGUCGGUGAAGCUACCGUUGCAAUCGACGGUGCGCGAGACGAUCGCUGGGCAGACGAUGGCUAACGUGCGGCUGGCCAAACAGUCGGCCGCAUUCAAUGCGUGCAAGCUGCUGUACGAAGCCGGAGAAUUGAAUAUGAAUCUACUGCCCAUAACGAGUACUGACAAGAUCGCAGAGUUAAGUGAGCAAUACUUCCAGCACUGGCGCAAGAUGGCAAAUGAACCCCAAAAAUCGCAACCAGGAACAAUGAAGUACGUGCGUGGCCAUAAGAUUUGCUAUCCGAAGGAAACGAUCGGUGGCACACCACGCGAGGACGGGGAGGCAGGAUGUUACGUGUACAUUAUCCGAAUGCGAGCGCAUUUCGAAGCGCGUGCCCGUAUCGACAACGUCCGCAUUCUGAACGAUCUGUACAACAGUGGCAAUAGCUUUGGCAUUCUGACGCGCAACAAGCUACCACCGCUGGCAAAGAUGAAGCUGUUCGUUACGCUCGGUCCGAUCGAGGUGGAGCUAGUGCCGACUCCGAUUCCAGUUACCUUGACACCUGGUUCGGGUGAGCUCCAGCGUCUGAAGCGUUUCCAUCUGAUGCUGUUUCGCGAUCUGUUAAGGGUUUGGAAACCGUUCACCGUGCUGGACGCACAGCCGGAAGAAAAUGGGUUCAUUAUUGUGCCGAUGCUGCGCGCGGAGUGUAUCGAUUGGAAGCUGGUGAACCAGUUUCCCUAUCUCCGGCCGGCGACGGAGCUGAGCCCACGGGCCCGCGCAAAUCUACGCUUUGACCCGGAAGCCUAUCAGCUGCGUGUCAUACAUCCGUGGUACAAAAACGAUCCGGAUCAAAAUUACGUGGUGCUGCAGGUGCGCGAAGAUUUGCGGCCAACGAGUGCCUUCCCGAACGAGAAGUACGAUUCGUACGAGGACUAUUUCCAGACGGAACACCAUCAGGUGAUAGUGCGGCGUGAGGAUCAGUUUUUGAUUGAGGUGAAGGGUAUCACGACCAGCCUGAACCGCUUGCACCCGGGCGCGGAAGCGGAUGGUGGUUCGAGUGCACGGGCACGAAGCUGGGAGUUUCAGGAGCUGCUGAUUCCGGAGCUGGUACAUAAUUAUGAGUUCCCGGCCGACUAUUGGUUGCAGGCGACUUUGCUACCGAGUGCACUGCAUCGGGUGCAUUAUCUGCUGCUGGCCGAAGGCAUACGGGUCGAUCUGGCGGAACGGGCCCAGAUUGGGAGUUUGGUGUGCAGGAAGCUGGACGACGUUAUGGUAGACGGGUUGCUGUCGCGUGUUCAACAAAAAUCGAACGAAAUGUAUGAUGACAGCUUGGACGGCGACGAUGAGGAGGAGGAUGAAGCAGGAGAAGACGACGUUUGCGAGGAAGAGGUAGCAACGGUUGCCAAGCAACCAUCUCGAAAGAACCUGCUCGAGAUUUUGGAGCAGAUACACAGCGAAUCCGUAUCGCUGGUCAAUCGGUGUACGUACCCGUGGGAUGCCAGUGAGGAGCCAAAGGAUUUGGACCGUAAUUGGGACACUUUAAACAAGUUCGAUCUCGAUUAUUAUGCUUCCUUUUCGAAAAAAUACCACCCGUGCGCGGAAUCGGUCAUCAGCAAUGUGUACCGUUCGAUGACCGAUACAAGCAAGGUGGAGCAGCUGGUGGCGAAGCUCGAUCUCGAUCGUAGCGAUGCGAUCGAGGAAGGGACGGUGAGGCAAGCUGAGCUUCCCGCCAUAACGGACGGAAUCGGUGGACGGACGGGCGAGAUAGGAAUGCUGAAGCUUACGUUGGAAAACACGGCCGACGUUUGUCUGCAGCAGGCCGAUCUGCUGCAAGCCAUCACCACCAAAUCGUCCAGCGAUGUGUUUAACCUCGAGCGGUUUGAGGUGUUGGGCGACGCGUUUCUCAAGUUCGGCGUGUCGGUGUACAUCCUGUUCCGGCACACGAGCUGGCACGAAGGGUAUCUGACGUCCUGCAAGAGCCGCAUGGUGAGCAACCGGAAUUUAGUGUACUGCGCCAUGAGCUACGGGCUGCCCGGUAAGAUUAAAGUGCACGAUUUUGACCCGAAGAACGAUUGGGUGCCACCGUUGUCUAGCGUUCCCGCGCCAAUCCGGCGGGCGAUGAUCGAGGCAAACGAAUCGCCUGCCCUACUCUACAAUCUGAAGCUCUCCGAGGACGAGGUACAGCGGGGCGAAGCGACGCAGGCCACCGUGGAAGGGUUUUUGCCGCGUAUAGAGAAAGCCGAACAGCCGUCCCGUUCGACGCUGCAAAGCGUGCUGCAGCAGGUGCAAAUCCCGGACAAGGCGGUAGCGGACGCCACGGAAGCGCUGAUGGGUGUGUGCGUGAAGACGGUUGGGUACGAGCGAUCCUGCCGCAUCCUGUCGCAUCUGGGCAUCGUGCCGAGGGACCACGAUGUGGGGGAGGUGCUGCGGACGGGCCGGUACGAGGUGGCGGACUAUUUCCCGAUCCGGCACAAGGUCGAUCAGCUGCUGUGCAACCCGGAUCGGAUCGAAUCGAUCCUGGGCUACCGGUUCCAGAACCGUACCUAUCUGCUGCAGGCGUUCACGCACAGCUCGUACACGUCGCACGGAUUGACGUCGUCGUACCAGCAGCUGGAGUUUCUCGGCGACGCCGUGCUGGACUUUCUCGUUUCGAUGUACAUCUUCGAGCGCAAUCCGACAAUGUCUCCGGGCCAGCUGACCGAUCUCCGUUCCGCGCUCGUAAACAACGUGAAUCUGGCGUGCGUGCUAGUGCGGUACGAUCUGCACCUCUACAUCCUGUCCCAAUCGCCCAUGCUGACCGAUACGAUUGGGAAGUUUGUGGAUGUGCAGCGGAACAACAACAACCGGACCGGGGAUUGGGUACGCCUGCUGACGGAAGAAUCCGACAUACCGCUGGCGGAAUACGUCGAUGUGCCGAAGGUAUUGGGCGACGUGCUCGAGGCACUGAUCGGCGCAAUCUAUCUCGACAGCAACAAUGACCUUGGCGUUGUGUGGAAGGUCUGCUACAGGCUGAUGCGGGACGAGAUUGUGUCGUUUGGGCGGGACACCCCGAUCCAGGUGGUACGGCAGCUGUACGAACAUCCGGAGGCGAAACCCCACUUCAGUGCACCGAUCGUGGAGGAUGAGGUGGUGUACGUGAAGCUGACCUACACGAACCGCUCCCAGCGGCAGAAGAUUUAUGGGUUCGGAAAGAACAAGGAGGACGCUCGCCGGGCAGCGGCCAAGAUUGCGUUGAGUAAGUUGGCUUAGGAUGCAGAUAGAGAUAAAACGAUCCAAACCCAGAUCAUUCAGCUCUCUACAUCAAGCGCAAGUAAGAUCUUGCUGAAAAAAAAAAUAGUUUUUAAGAGCAGAGAGAGAGAGAGAGAGAGAGAGAGAACCAUUUUCUAGCUAUGUUAGAAGAAUUAGCCUGCCGUCUACGGCACACAAAUCAGGCCAAUCUAGCAACACUGUUCAAGUUAGUAAAACGAUUGUUGCCCUUGAUUUGAAUCACAUGCGCGGUUUGGCCACACAUCAGUUGGACGGCGCUAUUGCUUUAACUUUUGAAUCAAAAGUGCACACAUUUUUUGCACACAGAACGUGCCGAGAACGUGCUGAUCAUCGUAAAAGCGGAAAACACAUUCUUGCUUAAUUUCGCGUUUACCUGAAGGGCUGGAUAAAUGAUACAUUUCCGCUGCUUUCCGAAGAGGGCUUCCGCAGUAAUUGUUACUAUACAUUUUAAUUGCAAAA